ACCCAAGGUGGCAUUCACAGUUGACUCUCUCUCUCUCUGUCUCUCUGUCUCUCUGUCUCUCUCUCUCUCUCUCUCUCUCUCUCUCUCUCUCUCUCUCUCUCUCUCUCUCAGGGUGUGACUGUAGAAAAAUGGCAGUUGCCAGGACUUCAAUAUCUCAUGAUCUUUAUAUCUGUCCACUGUGUCAAAAUCUCCUAAAGGAUCCAGUGACUAUUCCCUGUGGCCGCAGUUACUGUAAGGAGUGUAUUAUUCACUUCUGGGAUACAAAAGAGCAGAGGAGCUGUCCUCAGUGUGGAGAUACUUUCAUACUAAGGCAUGUUCUAUGCAAGAACAACAAACUGGCUAAAAAGGUGGAGGAACUGAAGAAGAUUCAACUUCAGCCUGCUCACUUUUACGCUAGACCUGGAGAUGUGGAGUGUGAUUCCUGCAUCGGGCGAAAACACAAAGCUGUCAAGUCCUGUCUGGUUUGUUUAGCCUCCUUUUGUAAAGAUCAUCUUAAACCUCACGAUCAGUCUCCUGCCUUUAAGAAGCACAAGUUAGUUGAAGCCUGUGCAGAGCUCCAAGAGAAGAUCUGCUCUGAACAUGACAAACUGCUGGAGAUCUACUGUCGUACUGACAAAAGCCUCAUCUGUCACUUGUGUACGAUGGAUCAACACAGAGGUCAUGAUACAGUUUCAGCUGAAACAGAAAGAACUAAAAAACAGAAUGAGCUAAAGGAGGAUCAGAAGAAGGUGCAGGAGCAGAAACAGACUGUGGAGUCUAAAAAGAGUUUCCUGUCUCUCUGUGUUUCUCCUGGAUGUGACGACUCACCCAGCUUCACCGUCAAUCAACAUCUCUCAUUCGAUGGAACGAAGAAAUCUCUCUCAGAUCUGAAAAAAGGAGUCAAACAAAUCUGUGAGAAGAAAUUAAACAAAAUCCAACCACAAGCAUUUGAUCUGCAUCAUCAUACAGAGAGCCACAACAUUCAUGAUACAGAAAUCGAAAUUGCAGCAGGUCAGAUGAUUUUACCCUCAGAGGCAAAGAGCAGGGAUUUUUUGCAGUAUUUCUGUUAUCUGACGCUGGAUCCAAACACAGUACAUCAUCGACUCAUUCUGUCUGAGAAGAACAGAGUGGUGACAUGGAGUGGGACAGAUCAGCGAUACUCUCAUAAUCCAGAGAGAUUUGACUCCAAGACUCAAGUGUUGUGUAAGGAGAGUGUGUGUGAACGCUGUUACUGGGAGGUGGAGUGGAGAGGUAGUGUGUCCAUAUCAGUCUCAAAUAAAGAGAUCAGCAGGAAAGGAAAUGCUAAUCAGUGUUUGUUUGGAUAUAACAAUCAGUCCUGGAGUCUGGGGUGUUCUUCUUCCUCUGUCUCUUUCUGGCACAACAACAUACAGACUAAGCUCCAUGGUCCAUCACCCUCCAGAAUAGGAGUGUAUGUGGAUCACAGUGCAGGAACUCUGUCCUUCUACAGCGUGUCUGACACCAUGAGGCUCCUCCACAGAGUCCACACCACAUUCACUCAGCCUCUAUACGCUGGGUUCCGGUUAUGGUAUAACUCAACUGUGAAGUUAUGUGAUUCAAAAUAAACAUUUUUAUGCCUCCAA